CCCAUUAAAAGAAUAAAGCUGGAGAGAGCGAGAGUACGAAGUGCGGCAACCCGAGUCAUGGCAGGACAGGCAUUUAGAAAGUUUCUUCCCCUCUUUGACCGAGUAUUAGUUGAAAGAAGUGCACCCGAAGUUGUAACCAAAGGAGGCAUUAUGCUUCCAGAAAAAUCGCAAGGAAAAGUAUUGCAAGCAAUGGUAGUAGCUGUUGGAUCAGGCUCUAAAGGAAAGGGUGGAGAGAUUCAACCAGUUAGUGUGAAAGUUGGAGAUAAAGUUCUUCUCCCAGAAUAUGGAGGCACCAAAGUAGUUCUAGAUGACAAGGAUUAUUUCUUAUUUAGAGAUGGUGACAUUCUUGGAAACUAUGUCGACUAAAAUAAGUCACUAUUG